CGGUCAUUAGUUACAUUUCAACCACAGCGAUUCUCCAAUUGAGGGGCAACAGAGUUCACCCGCAAAUGCAGGAACCCCGGAAAUAAUAACUAAACCAACGAACGAGAAAUGGUGGAGGCUACCAGAACGAAGAGACAUUUUUUCCGAAUAGUGAAAAACGUAAUUACAUAGCUCACUCCCUACCCGGUAUCUCAUUCUACUGUUAUACGACUCUGUAUGCGUUGUUUGUUGGCAACCUUGUUAUUUACGAAGUUUUUGGAACGGAUUCCUGUUGGAACGUUCCACAAAUUAUACCCACCCAAAACAACAUUUACGAGACAGAAGAAGCACCUUGAAGAAGAAGAAUUGUUUUUGCUAUGGACAAACAUUACAAAUAAACUUCGUGAUUAGGUCUGCUGGAUUGUUGGGAUUUCUCCCGAUGGGUUAUAGGUCUGACUUCCUGAACCUGUGGCUCUGCGGUGAAGUUGACAGUGUGAUGGGGAGUAUAAGCCAAUUUGAAAAAAUUGUUUCAAUAGAAUGUGUUAUUGUCUUUACCAUGUUAUAGACAUUGUUAUUACGAAUAAUUGGUAAAAGUAAUAAUUUAUCAUAUAGUCAAUGCUUGUCUGGAUUUCCUGAAUUAAAACUGAACUGAACUAAACUGUUCUGAUUUGUUCUUUCCUGAGGUUAUCAUGAAAGGUGACAUAUCUGUCUUAAUGCAUGAAAGAGAAAGUUGGACCGAACAGUGUGUUUACCUCAAACCCCCUCUAACCGGCUAAAGAAAUGUUGUUCAAUACGGCCCUGUCCGCACCACUUCUACCGAGAGACCUGAGUCCUGAGCCAGCAACCUGUGUGCCACGUCCAAUCGGAUCAAAUCAAAUGUAUUUGUCACAUACACAUGUGACCCUUGCAAUGAGAAGAGCAAAGCAUGUCACGGAAGCUGUUCUAUGCUGUGUGAUUCUACUCGUCAUCCAAAGGAGUUCAGAAAGUAUACGGGUGAUUGGAGGAAGCAGGACUGUGGUACAGGGAGAGGACGUGGACUUAUCCUGCAGACUGCUAGAGACAGAUGAGGAGCUUGAACAGAUAACAUGGCAGAAAAGGACUCUGGAAGAACCAGAGAACCAUAAUUUCUUGCUUAUUUAUCCCAGUGGGGUUACUGACUUUAUUUCAUCGAAUGGAUUGGAAAAUAGAGUCCAGUUUUUUGGGAACCCGGCAGAAAACAUUGGUUCUAUUCGAAUAACUGCUGCCAGACUGUUGGAUGAAGGCACCUUCACAUGCGUCUUCAGUGUUUUCCCAAGUGGAGUAUACAGUAUAGAGAUACCUCUUACUGUGCUAGUACCUCCAGUGAUGAGUGUUACAGUCGAUGUCCCUCCUGUCAUUGGAGAGAAUGAGGUUGUCUUGACAUCCUGUUUGGCUGCUGGUGCCAAGCCACAGGCAGAAGUGAGGUGGAACACGGAUGCAUUCGGCAGUUUGGUGAGGACUGUAACCAACUCCACCCAGCACGCCAACGGCACCACCACGGUUGUCAGCCACCUGCUCGGGGUGCCAACCAGAGCAGCCAAUCAGCAGCAGGUUCAGUGUGUGGUCAACCAGUCUGCCCUGGCAACAGAGAGGACCCUGGCCUACACAAUCAACAUCAACUAUCCACCUCAGACAGUGAACAUUACUCUUAGUGAGGCCUCCCCAGCCACAGUUUUCCUAUGUGUAGCAGACAGCAACCCAAAAGCCUUCUACACCUGGACCAGAGUGGGCCAGCCAUGGCCUCAGUCUGCAGUGAGAGCAGAGGGAAACACACUGCACCUCAUCAGCCUCAGCUCUGAGCUGAAUGGCCUCUACAGCUGUGAGGCCUCCAAUCCUUACGGAAGAGCGACUGGCUCUCAAUAUGUGCAUGUCGCCUCCUAUACCUCUGCUGCCUGUUGGGUUCUACUUGUCAUUAUAUUUCUGAUUGUUGCUGCUGCUGCUGCUGGACUCGUAUGGUACAGGUGGAAAAAUGGAAAAUGUCUUUGGAGUUCAGUCAUGGGCGAUCACCAGUUCGAGGCACAAUCACAGGUAGAGGAAGAGGAAGCUGAGAUGUAAACCAAGAGGGCAGAUAAGGAAGAAGUAUCAUAAGGCUUCAAGGCAUCUCCAUGUUAGCAUCACCUACUGGUAUGACUACUGCUCAGCAUACGACCGACCGCAAGGCGCUUCAGAGGGUACGGACCAAUACAUCACUGGGCCCAAGCUUUCUCCCAUCCAGGACUGAUAUACCAGACGGUGUCAGAGGAAGGCCCUAAAAAUUCUAAGACUCCAUCCAUCCCAGACAUAGUCUGUUCUCUCUGCUACCACACGGCAAGCUGUACCAGACCACAAGUAUAGGUCCAAAAGACUCCUUAACAGCUUCUACCCCAAUCCAUAAAACUGUUGAACAGUUCAUCAAAUGGCUACCCAGACUAUUUUGUAUUGACCACCCCCUCCUUUUUUUACACUUCAACAAGUUACUGAGUAAAGGGUCUGAAUACUUAUGUAUAUGUGAUAUUUCAGAUUGUUUUUAAUAAAUUUGCAAAAAACUA